GCUUCCUAGAGAGGCAGGAAGUGGAGUUUACAAGGCCCUUCCCCUUCCGGCCAGUGCAUUGCUGGGAGAGGAGGAGAAACAGGCCAGCGUCUGGCUUAAAUUGGAUGGUUAAACAUCUUGCUACCUCAAGAAAAACAUCAUAAUUGGUCCUUCAGAGAGGCUUUGCUGCCUCAGCUAUGCAGCAGAAUACUCUUCUGUCUCCAGGAAUGCAGGUUUGGCAAUUCCCAGUAAUGUGGCCAGUCUUCUGUCUGCGAGCGAAUGUGUCAGAACAGAAAAGAACGACUUCGUCUGACCUGGUUCUUGUUUCAAAGCAACACUCAUCGAUGGAAAAGGAAGAAUUAAGGAAAGGCUGCCCUCCUGUUGAGGGUGAGAGCAGAGGAGCUGGGCAGAAGGACCGAGGGAAGGAAGGGCUCGGUUCAGAGUUACAGCGCCAGCACUUCAGAAGUUACCACUAUGAGGAGGCCUUGGGGCCCCGAGAGGCCUGCAGCCGCCUCCACUCUCUCUGCUGCCUGUGGCUGAAGCCCCAGCGACACUCCAAGGCGGAGAUGCUGGACAUGGUGGUCCUGGAGCAGUUCCUGAGCAUCCUGCCCCCAGAGAUGGAGCGUUGGGUGAGGGAAUGUGGGGCAGAGACGAGUUCACAGGCCGUGGCUUUGGCUGAAGGCUUCCUCCUGAGUCGGGCAGAAGAGGAGACACUGGAAGAGCAUUUAACACAGAACAACCCGGUGUGUAAAAAGGAGGCAUUUCUGAAAGAGGUCACUGACAUUCAGGAGGCAGAGAAGUGUCACUCAUACUCUGGACAAGGAGUGCCAGCCGUGGAGGUGACCCAAGGAAAUAGCACACAUCGCACCAUUUUGGGAAAUGGAAGAUUACCUAGGUCAAGAGUUAGGGACUCAGCUCUUCGUUCUGAUGGUUUGAGAACACCUUCUGAGAGCCUGGAUCAGGUAACCUUGGAGGAGGUGGCUGUGUAUUUCAGUGAGGAGGAGUGGGCCCUGCUAGAUCCGGACCAAAGGGCCCUUUAUGGGGAAGUAAUUGAGGAGAACCUGGCAAUCGUGGCUUCUUUGGGUGAUGGGCUGGCAAAUGAGAAUGAAGGAGAACCAAGGAUGUGUUUGGACACUCAGGAGAACAUGAAGAACAAGGCUUCUCUUUCUCAGACUGGGGAUAUCUAUGAAAUCUCUGACCAGGAAGAAAUAGGAGAUGGGGAUGGGAAGAAUAAAGCUCCUUACCUUGAAUAUUUGGAGGACCUUAGUGUGAAUGGAAGCUUUCAAUCGAGAGAGAAGAACUUGGAUUACAAGGGCUAUGAGAAACUUUACAAUUUCUUGGAGUCUGGAAAAAAAUUCAGUCCAAGAACACAUAAUGUGUUCUCUUCUCAUCCGAAACCGUUACCGACAGGGAAACAAUUUAAGUGUUUGGAGUGUGGGAAGAGCUUCAUGUGGAAGAUGAGCCUGGUGCUUCAUGAGGCCACGCACACAGAGGAGAAGCCAUUUCCGUGCCGGGACUGUGGGAGGAAAUUCAAUCGGAGGGAACACCUCAUCAGCCAUCAAGCAACCCACACCGGGGAGAAGUCCUUCAAGUGCUUGGAGUGUGGGAAAAUCUUCAGCCGCAAUGCCCACCUCGUUUCGCAUCGAACGACUCACACCAUGGAGAAGCCCUUUAUAUGCUUGCAGUGCGGGAAAGGCUUUGGUUGGAAGUCAAAUUUCACUCGUCACCAGUUGACUCACACGGCAGAGAAGCCGUUUAAAUGCCCCGAGUGUGGGAAAAGUUUCCGGUUGAAGCAAAGCCUGGCAGACCAUCGAACGACUCAUGCAGCCGAUCACCCAUUUCAGUGCCUGGAGUGCGGGAAAACAUUCGUUUGGAAGAAGAGCCUCGCCAAACACCAAGCCUCUCACGUGACGGAGCAACCCUAUAAAUGCCCGGAGUGCGGGAAAAGCUUCGUUUGCCAGAAGAGUCUUAUGGAGCACCAGAGCUCUCACGCAGCGGAGAAACCCUUUAAAUGCCAGGAAUGCGGGAAAAGCUUCAGUUGGAAAAAGAGCCUCGCAGAUCAUCAAGCAACUCACACAGAAGAGAAGCCAUUCCAAUGCCUGGAAUGCGGGAAGAGCUUCAGUUGGAAGUCCAACUUCACUCGUCACCAGUUAACUCACACCGGGGAGAAACCAUUCAAAUGCCUCGAGUGUGGAAAGACCUUCAGUCGGAAAAGCUACCUCGCUGCUCACCAGUUGGAUCAUGUUGGAGAGAAACCCUUUCAAUGCCGGGAGUGCGGGAAGAGUUUCAUUCAGAAGGGACACGUUGCUAUCCAUCAGUUGACUCAUACAGGGGAGGCAUCAUUUCAGUGCCAGGAAUGUGUGAGUAGUUUCAAUCAGAACAAUUAUUUUGCAGGUGGAAAUCUGAGUCAGAAGCCAAAGCCACGUCUCUCUUCUUUUCCCCGAUCUCUGCACAUAGAGAAAAAUCCAUUUGAAUUCCAGGACUAUGUCAAGGUUUUCAGGGAGGAGCCAACCAUCAUGGAACACAUUAAUUUUAAUAGGGGAGAAAUGGCAUAAAUGUUUUAAGAA